AGGCCUCCACACUCUUCUUCCCAACACCAUCAUCUCUCACUCUCAUUCUAUCUCAAGAAACAUGGCUCAUCACUUCCUUUGGAGUCUGUCAUUUGGGCUGCUGAUGCUCUUCGCCGGAGCACUGGCGGCUGCACCUAGAAAAGCGGUGGAUGUUCCCUUCGGCAGAAACUACGUCCCAACUUGGGCUUUUGACCAUAUCAAAUACUUCAAUGGUGGCUCUGAGAUCCAGCUCGUUCUUGACAAAAACACUGGCACUGGAUUCCAAUCUAAGGGCUCAUACCUAUUUGGGCAUUUUAGUAUGCAUUUGAAGCUGGUUGGUGGGGAUUCUGCUGGAACCGUUACUGCUUUCUAUCUAUCUUCCCAAAACUCAGAGCAUGAUGAAAUAGACUUUGAAUUCUUGGGAAACAGAAGUGGGCAGCCCUACAUAUUGCAAACAAAUGUGUACACUGGUGGCAAAGGAGACAAAGAGCAAAGAAUUUAUCUUUGGUUUGAUCCAACUACAUCAUUCCACACCUACUCUGUUCUGUGGAAUCUCUACCAGAUUGUAUUCUUCGUCGAUGAUGUCCCGAUCAGGGUGUUCAAGAACAGCAAGGAUCUCGGGGUGAAGUUCCCGUUCAACCAGCCGAUGAAGCUGUACUCUAGCCUGUGGAACGCGGACGACUGGGCCACUAGGGGGGGCUUGGAGAAGACUGACUGGUCCAAGGCCCCCUUCAUGGCCUCGUACCGCGGCUUCCACAUUGACGGAUGCGAGGCCUCAGUCCAGGCCAAGUUCUGCGACACGCAGGGGAAGCGCUGGUGGGACCAGAAGGAGUUCCAGGACCUCGACGCCUACCAGUGGCGCCGCCUGCAGUGGGUCCGGAGCAAGUACACCAUCUAUAACUAUUGCACGGACCGGACCCGCAACCAGACCCCGCCACCGGAGUGCAAGAGAGACAGGGACAUAUGAUCCAAUGCAAUGCAAUGCAAUGUGACCACAUUGAGUCAUACUUUAAAUAUAUACUAUAUGUUGUAUAUUUAUAUAUGUUGGGGGGAGAGAGACAGAGGCAGUGAUAUCUCACUUUUGUGGCUGCUGAUUUAUUCCUAUAUACUAUGUGUAGCUGCUUCUCUCUCUAUCUGUAUGGUCUGAUUUGUUUAUGUAUGAAUAUGGAGCAAGCAUUGUGUUGAUGUUGAUUUCAGAUUGUGAGCCCCAUCAUUAUAAUGAAAUUCCAAAAUGUUGUUUGAUUUC